AUGGCUGAGGCGUUGGCUGGCGAGUCGCGAAAGCGCGCUGAUGAGGCUCGCGACUUUCUUCGCAAAGCACGCGAGAUGGUGAACGGCGCCCGAGAAGCACCGCAUCGCCUCCGGAGAGACGAGAAACGGUUCCACAAGGCGGAGGAUGCGUAUCAACUCCUCUGGGAGCGGCAAGUCGAAAAGAUGAAAGACUGCAGGGACACCUUGAAGCGUGUCAAACCAAGGCUUGAAGCUUAUGGAGCAGAGCGUAGCCACAGGCUCUCCCUUGAUCGCUCUGAAAAUCUCAUCAUAUGA